CUUCUCCGGCGGCUGCUGCCUUCUCCUUGCCUGAUCCCAGCGGAGGCGCGCGGGGCUCGGACGCGGAGCAGCAGGCAUGCGGGCGCUUCUCCUUCUGGCGGCGCCCAGGCUGUGUUUGCUCCUAACUUUAUGGGUGCAGGUCUCGCAGUCCACUGGUUAUUUCGAGCUGCAGAUUAACGCGGUGAGGAAUGUCAACGGAGAAUUGUUGAAUGGGGAGUGUUGCGAUGGUGGCGGCCCGGCCGAGGCCCCCCUUCUCCGUUCAGACUGCAACCGGGACGAAUGCGAUACUUACAUCAAGGUCUGCUUGAAGGAAUACCAGGCCAAAAUCACGCCCACCGGGCAGUGCAGCUUCGGCGCUGGAUCUACCCCUGUUCUUGGUGGAAAUACUUUUUAUCUCAACACCCGUACUGGUUUUCACGUGGGGAAGAGUUCCGACAUGGGCAGGAUUGUGAUCCCAUUCCAGUUUGCUUGGCCGAGAGCAUUCACAUUAAUAAUAGAAGCCUGGGAUUGGGAUAAUGAAACAAAAGCGGGUGAAGAUCUAUUAAUUGACAGAGUGCUGUACGCUAGUAUGAUCAACCCAGAGGAUCGAUGGAAGACACUACAAUUGAAUGGCCAUGUUGCUCAUUUUGAAGCCCAAAUAAGAGUGAAAUGUGAUGAGAACUACUAUGGCCCACUAUGUAAUAAAUUCUGUGGCCCUCGUGAUGACUUUGUGGGCCACUACACAUGUGACCAAAAUGGAAAUAAAGCUUGUAUGGAAGGCUGGAUGGGUGAAGAAUGUAAACAAGCGGUGUGUAAACAAGGAUGCAAUUUAGUCCAUGGAAGCUGUCCUGUACCUGGGGAGUGCAAGUGUAAUUAUGGUUGGACAGGAGAUUUCUGUGAUGACUGUGUCCCCUACCCAGGCUGUGCUCAUGGGAGUUGCACCAUCCCAUGGGAGUGCAAAUGUGAAACCAACUGGGGCGGCCUGCUCUGCAACAAAGAUUUGAACUAUUGUGGAAAUCAUCAUCCAUGCGUUAAUGGUGGAACUUGUAUGAAUACAGAACCAGAUGAAUAUAGCUGUGCUUGCCAAGAAGGUUACUCUGGAAAGAACUGCGAAAUCGCUGAGCAUGCUUGCGUAUCAAAUCCUUGUGCUAAUGGUGGAACAUGUCAUGAAAUUUCAUCAGGCUUUAAAUGCCAGUGUCCUGAUGGCUGGAGCGGACCAACGUGUGCUAUUGAUAUUGAUGAAUGUGCAUCUAAUCCUUGUGCUGGCGGUGGAACCUGUGUGGAUCGUGUUAAUGGGUUUGAAUGUAUAUGUCCACAGCAAUGGAAAGGGCUAACCUGCCAUCUUGAUGCUAAUGAGUGUGAAGGGAAACCUUGUCUUAAUGCUCAUUCUUGCAAAAAUCUUAUUGGUGGAUAUUACUGUGACUGCAUUCCAGGAUGGAAAGGACUAAAUUGUCACAUCAAAAUCAAUGACUGUCACGGGCAGUGCCAAAAUGGAGGUGCUUGUAAGGCUGAAGCAAAUGGUUAUCAUUGCGUAUGCCCUCGGGGUUUCAUUGGAAAGAACUGUGAAACAGAAAUUGAUGAAUGUGCAAGCAACCCAUGUAAAAAUGCAGGCCACUGUGAGAGGCUGGUCAAUGGAUUCCGUUGUGUGUGUCCACAAGACUUCUCAGGAGUAUUUUGUGAGAUUGAUACUGAUCUCUGCAAGCCCAAUCCUUGCCAGAAUGGAGCUAAGUGUUAUGAUCUGAGGGAUGACUAUUACUGUGCUUGCUCUGAUGACUAUGAUGGAAAGAACUGCUCGCAUCUCAAGGAUCACUGCAAAAAUAAUUCUUGCAAAGUCAUAGACAGCUGUACAAUAGAGGUCUUCACAAAUGCUACCCGGAAAGGCGUCCGCUUAAUCUCCUCCAAUGUGUGUGGGCCUCAUGGACGGUGCGUCAGUCAAGCAGGAGGCAAUUUCACUUGUGCCUGUGAGAAGGGCUUUACUGGAACAUACUGUCAUGAAAAUAUUAACGAUUGCCUGGGAAAACCUUGCAAGAAUGGCGGGACUUGCAUCGAUGAAAUCAACAAUUUCAGGUGCUUCUGCCAGAAUGGCUGGGAAGGAAAACUUUGUGAUAUCAAUGUUAAUGAUUGCUCGCCCAGUCCAUGUCAUAAUGGUGGCCGAUGCAUUGAUUUGGAGAAUGACUUCUACUGUGAAUGUAGAAAUGGAUGGAAAGGCAAAACAUGUCAUUCAAGUGAGUACCAGUGUGAUGCAAGUACUUGUACCAAUGGAGGAACGUGCUACGAUGAUGGGGAUACUUUUCGGUGCUCUUGUCCUCCAGAGUGGAAAGGAAGCACUUGCAACAUUGCAAAGAACAGCAGCUGUACUCCCAACCCUUGUUUGAAUGGUGGCACCUGUGUUGGCAGUGGGGAUUCCUUUUCAUGCAUCUGCAAAGAAGGCUGGGAAGGGCGUACAUGCACUCAGAAUAUUAAUGACUGCAACCCGCACCCCUGUUACAAUGGUGGCAUCUGUGUCGAUGGUGUGAAUUGGUUUCGCUGUGAAUGUGCUCCUGGGUUUGCUGGUCCAGACUGCAGAAUUAAUAUUGAUGAAUGCCAGUCCUCCCCUUGUGCAUAUGGUGCUACUUGUAUUGAUGAAAUCAAUGGCUACCGAUGUACUUGCCCCCGUGGGCGAGCAGGUGCUAGAUGCCAAGAAGUGAUAGAGUUUGGAAAGUCUUGCUGGUUUAGAGGAAAUUCCUUUCCCCAUGGCAGUAGAUGGGAGCAAGAAUGCAACAAUUGUCAUUGUCUCAAUGGCCGUAUUGACUGCACCAAGGUAUGGUGUGGGAGGAAACCCUGUUUGUUUACCAAACAUGUGGAUCGUGCCAGCUACCAAUGCCCAAGAGGUCAGGAAUGUCAAGAAAGUAUUUAUAUCAAAUGCUUCCAACCACCUUGUGAUGACUGGGGAGAGUGCAAUGAAUUGGAACCUCUGCCUGCAAACAUCAAGUGUCCGCCCAAUUCAAACUACUUGGACAACAGCUGUGCAAGAAUUACUCUGAUUUUUAACAGAGAGAAAGUACCUCAGAGCACUACUGUUGAAAAUAUUUGCUCUGAAAUCAGAUACCUACCAGCCACUAGAUCUGUUUCUAGUGAGAAGAUGUUGUUAGUGUUGUGUGAUCUGUCGUACUCGAUAGAAAAUGCAGUGGAAGUUGCUGUGUCUUUCAUCUCACAUCAAGAUGAGAUUGAUAAUAGCCUUAUACAGAAUGCUGCCAAUACUAUCGUAAAUGCCAUUACAAAGCGACAGAAUAGCACGGUUAUGCUGGCAGUGAUUGAAGUCAAAAUAGAGACCGUAGUGGUUGGGAAUCCUCCUUCAGAUUACCUGGUUCCAGUCCUCUGUGCAGUUUUCGGUAUUGUCUGUUUAACCUGCAUAAUCAUCUGUGUGUGGUGGACGCGAAAGAGAAGAAAAGAGAGAGAAAGAACCCGCCCACCCAGAGAAGAGGCUGCAAAUAAUCAGUUGGCGCCUCUAAAUCCCAUUAGGAAUCCCAUAGAGAGACCUUACAAUCAAAAAGGCAUCCUUUACGAACAUAAAAAAUUUAUAUCUCCUCAAAAAAGAACUUACGACGGAGUAGAGGAGUAUAUUGAGUAUGAGGAAGAAGAGGAGGAGGAGGAGAGAGAGGUCAUGGAAGUGGACAAAUUCCUCUCUCACAAACUUUCAAAGCCUUUGUCAACAAAGGCAGUGGACUCGCUAGAGAAUAGUCCUAUUAAAAAAUCUCUUCAGACAACCAAAAUAGACAACAGAUGUGUAAAAAAUGUGAACACAACAAAUCUUGAAGGCGGAAGAGACUAAGCCGGUGUUUGGACCAUGGCCGUAUGGCCUGCUUUGAAUGGUGUUGGAGAAUUGGGCAUCUCCACUCUGUCUGCAUCAAGGACAUUAUUGUCUGGAGUCAAAAUGUUCAUAGUUACUUUAUUUUGAAUAAAAAAAUCUAAAAUAAGAAAAUAAAAAUUAUUUUGUUUCUUUUAGCCUUGUAUAAAUUAUUCAAUGACUGUCAGAUGAUAGAGUAAUCUUUGAUAGUUGCUAUUUUUGUAAAUUUUACUUAGAAUACACUUGCUGUGUGACAGAGGAGGGAAGUUUGUAUUUUCAAUUAUUUCAUAAAGUUUAUCACUCAAGACUCCACACUGUUUACCAGAUGGGUUCCUUUUUACCUGUUAACAACAGUGGCUUUAAAACCUCCUGGUUGAGGAAGUUCCUGAACAUGAAGAACAAAGAGAAAUAUUCCUCAUGAGCUGUUCUUUUGAAUCCUUACUACAAGCCUCUCCCUGCACUUAACUUCUGCAAGUUUUUCCUCCCAGAAAAAUUUGCCUUAUUUUUUUUGGAACAACAAAAAAGUGAAAGUCUAUAGAGAUCUCUCAAACUGUGGUUUGAAAAAAGUGGCCUUUUUUAAUUUGAAUAUAUCAAUUUGUUUGAAUUUAUCUUAAGAUUGCAGUAUUGACACACGAGUCAAGUGCCUUGAAAUUUCAGCUUUCUUUUUCUAUAGCAACUGUCAAAGACUGCCAUUCCCAUCUAAGUUUACCACAACAGGAUAUUUUAUGUCCUCAGACUGAUCUGGUUUAUUUUCAGAUUGUGCGAGUGCAUUUUUUUGUAAAUAUGUACAUAUUUAAGUGAAUCACUUCUGUAUAUUUGAGUUAAUAACUUAAAAAUAUUUUUGGUCUUUUUAAACGUCAUUCCUUUUUAAUUUAUGUCGCAGAAAGGGAAGUUUUAUGGCAGUUUCUAAACAAAAAAAUGGAUGCAAAAAACUUAUUUUGGUAUUAUGUCCAUAUUAGAAAGUGAUGUUAAUGCAAUCAAUGUUGGGAAUCUGUUGGUCACAAUUUUUGUACUUUUUCAAUGUAUUGCAACCAUUUCACAUGUAAAUAGAUCCAAACUGUUUCCUUACAUCUCAAGAAUGCAGAAAGUAAGUAUACUGUACAGUAUAAAGAUAUCAAGGCAAUAUUUUUUUUCCUUUUGUGAAUGUCUAUUACAUGUGGUAUUGCUUUUUUGCAUUUUUUAAAAAUACAGGCCUAAUGAAGGGAACAAUUUCUUUUUUUCUCUCAUUUCUUGUUUCUGUUAACGCUAAUUUGCCUCUUUGGGGGAGGGAAAAGGUUGGCAAACUCAGAUUGGAACCAGAUGUUGCAGCUGAAUGAACAGCUCUUCGUUUCUUCCUUCCCUCAAUGAACUGUGAGUGGUUCCAAAUACUUGACAUGAUGAUGCAACCAUAUUGGGUUCCUCUACUUCUGCUCCACUUCAUUGGCUGCUACUUGUGGAGGUGGAUGAAUUUAGCACGUAGCAACAUCAUGCCAGGUGCAUUGCGUCUCUUGAUGCAAGAAAGGCGAACCAUUUAGAAGGGCUGUUCUUUCCAAGCAACUGGUUCCAUCUCAGAAGGUGGAAUACCUCACAACGAGAAAUGGCUAUUAAUAAACGGAAGGCUUGUGCAUUAUUUGUGGGGUGAUUGUUGUUGCUGGUUUUGUUCUUUUAAGAAAAAAGCUUUAUUAUUAAAGAAAUGAGCUAUAUCUUUAUUUUAAUUAUUGGGGAAACCUACUCCUACCUUACUUAACUAUAUCUUAUCAUUGCAAAGAAAAUUGAUGUUUCUCUCUCAACAUUUUGGCCACUCCGUGUAACCCAGAAUAUUUUUGAAACCACUUUUUGUUUUAUACAUGAACGCAGGAAUUGCUUUGCAGGAACUUCUGUGCAGUACCUUUUGUUUGACAAUGUUCUUCUAUAGCUUUCGGAAGAAAACUAUUUAUUAAAGCAUUUUAUAACAA